AUGAAUUACCUUCUUAUGAUACUUCUCCUUGUGUUUGCCCUGAGUUGCGGUACUAGUACUAGUUCGACGACACCCCAAGGGAAUGACAGUGGUUUUCAGCGUCCGGCGUUAUAUAUUCUAGGGGAUUCAUUGGUUGAUGUUGGUAACAAUAACUACAUUCAUUUUACCAUUACUAAAAACAAUUUCCAUCCUUACGGAAUUGAUUUCCCACGAGGAAAAAUUUCUACUGGACGUUAUUCCAAUGGAAGAACAGUCAUUGACAUAAUAGGAGAAACGUUUGGUUUGGAAGACUAUAUUCCUCCUUACAUGGAUCCAACAACAGUUGGAGAUGUCGUUCUUCGCGGAGUUAAUUAUGCGUCUGGUGGUGGUGGAAUUCUUAAUGAAACUGGCGCUAUCUUAGGAAAUCGAAUCAACAUGGAUGCACAGCUCGAUAACUUCGCAAAUACAAGGAACUAUAUAAUCUCUAUGUUCGGUGACCAUGAUGCGAAUGAAUUUCUUGCGAAAGCUCUUUUCAUCGUGGUAAUGGGUUCUAAUGAUUUCAUUGACAACUAUUUCAUUCCAUUUCUCUCAAUACCGGAGCAGAAGUUGCUGACCCCGACAAUGUUUGUUGAUAUAUUGAUCUUAAGAUUCAGACUCCAACUAACAAGACUGCAUGAAAUGGGUGCAAGAAAGAUUGCUGUGGCCAACGUUGGACCUGUUGGUUGCAUCCCAUUAGAAAGACGUAUAAAUGGAAUUUUGAAUAAAACAGAAUGGCAUACGAAAAGUGAUUCGUGCAUUAAUGAAAUGAAUGAUGCAGUGAUGUACUUCAACAAGAAAUUGAAUAGCCUGGUCAUGGAGUUGAACUCAAAAUUUGUUGAAUCCAAAUUCCUAAAUGUAGAUAUCUACGGCCUUUUUACCCAUGUUAUCGACAACUAUCAAUCUUACGGCUUUGAGAAUUAUAAAGAUUCAUGUUGCCAAACACUUCCCGGUCCAUUACGAGGUUUGUUACCGUGCAAUCCAAUAGGAAAGGUUUGUGAAGACCGAUCCAAGUAUGUGUUUUGGGAUGAGGCUCAUCCAACUGAUGCUACUUACUCCGUUUUUGCAAAGAAGUUGCUCGAGCGCAAUUCUAAAUAUGUAUACCCAUAUAGUAUUCAACAAGUCUACUACACGUGAGCCAUGCAUUGGUUCACUAAUUGCAGUACUCUAGAUGGCAAGUAGCU